AUGGCACUGUUAAAGGCAAAUGAAAAUGAAAAAAUUGAUGUGUUUAUUGGAACCUGGAAUGAAAUACGAUGGGCUGGACAUGGAGUGCUUGAUAUGGGAUGCUGGAUAAUUUUCUUACAUGGUUCAGAGAGCCACCAUGAAUUUGGUACAGAGUUCACGGUAAGACAAAAGUUUAAACUCCUAACCCAAUUCUCAAACUACUCGUUGAUCGAUGUACAUGCACCCACAGAAGUAUUAGAUGACCAGUAUAAAGACAACUUCUUUGAGAACCUCGAGAGAACUUAUGACAGAUACCCUGUCUAUAACACUAAAAAUGCACAGAUCGGUAAAGAAGACGAUUAUCUCCCAACAAUAGGAAAGCACAGCCUCCUCGAAUACCAAAAUGACAAUGGCCACAGAGUGAUUCAGUUUGCACUGUCGCGUAACAUGGCUGUAGGUAGCACUACGUUCCCACACAAAAAGAUUCAUAAAGCAACAUGGUGGAGACCUGAUCAGCUUACCUUCAACCAAAUUGAUCACGUAAUUAUUGAUGGCAGGCAUUGCUCAAACGUAGUAAAUGUGCAUACUUACAGAGGAGUUAAUGUAGAUUCAGACCACUACCUUGUAAUUGCGAAACUAUGA